AUGAUGAAGCCGAGAGUGAAAGCCCGAGCCUCUCGGGGCUUGACCUCGCUUGCAGAGCCACCGCGCAGCCGCUGUUCGCGCUGCGCGGCAGUGCGACAACUCUGGCUGCAAAGAGCGUCGGCCUUCGUCUCUUCGCAGGCUCCUGAGUCUCGUUCCUCUUCCGUGGCAUCGUCUCGUUGCUUCUUCUGGCCGCUAGAUCCUCCCUUCGCGAGCCUACCCGCCUCGGCUGCCUCCCCCACUCCUCCACCGUGCCUGCACAAGCGACAACGCUCAGCCUUCACGUUGUUCGCCUCCUCGCGACUCUUCUCGUCUUCCACGCCGGCUGACGACGUGCCUGGAUUGACUGAGACGGAAUCUGCAUCUGCCGCAGCCUCUGACUAUCCUUCAGACUCACCCAGUCCUUCCGUCUUUUCUUCUUCCUCUCUUGCUUCUCAUGCGUCGCAUCCAGAGGCUUCUGGAUGGAGGUUUUCCUCUUCCGUUUCUGCUGCUUCUUCACCGGCGAGCUUCUCGCCGCUCCGGCGACGGCCUCGGCGCGCAGACCCGCGGGCGGAAUCCUGCGAGGGCCUGCGAGGCUCGAGAGCGGACGACGGCUCGGCGGGGGAGCGCAGGCAAGACGCCGAGAGCCCGUCCGCCCUAAGCGACGGCGAGAGCGCCUCGCUUCUUCGCCUCCAUCCUGCACGGCGGCAGCGAGCCUUCGCGGCGAAUCUGCUCGCCGAAGGCGCUGAAGCCUCUAGCGUCUUUUCGGCAGACUCCCCUCAGGCCUCGCGCGUGGCGGGUGCCUCUCCCUCGUUUCAGUCUAGGCACGCGCAGGCGGCGCCGAGGUCUCCACUCGCGGCGGCGGCGCGGGUUGCGACGGCCGCAGUUCGACGGAGGCACCACGAAGCGGCGUUCUGGCGGGCGUUGGGCGACGAGGCAACGCGCGCGCUGCUGAGGCUGCAAGAAGAGUCUGUCGGCGACGCGUGCGCAGGUGCGGCGGCACGUGGAGGCGAGGAGAACGUUCAGUACGACGACGUGAGACUGGCGCUUGUCACGGAGGGGUCGUCGCUCGCUACCUUGGGUCGGGACUUGAGCGAGUUGGUGAAUCGCUUCAAACAAAUCCGCUUUACCCACGCGCGCUUCCUGCAGACCGCGGAACAAACUGCUCUGCUGUAUAUCCACCGGCUUUCGCUGCACGACGCGGCGCUGCUGGCAGCCUCGUUCGCGUCGCUGAACUGCAACAAUGUGUCCUUUUUUUUCUCCCUCGCCGAGCACGUCUACCAAGUCUCCACUGCGCCGUCCACGCCGGUUGCCACCGCGGCGCAGACAGCGCUCCAGGCGCUGCAGAGCUCCUCGGCUUCGUCGCCACUCACGGCGCCCGGCGCCUCUGCCGCGGCGCGCCGCGACGCCUUCUUGGGCGCUCUCCCGCCCGCGACGUCGUUCGCGCUUUCGCUGCUUCUCGCGGCGACUGCAGAGGCGCAGCCGGUCGGCGCGGCGCCGCCGGCGACUUCGUGGGCGGCGCGCAGCGUCGCAGAAGAAGUCGAGCUCUUUCUGGCACUCUCCUGGGUGCAUCUUGUGCGGGCGUUCGCGCGUGCGCACGUGCCGCACUCGAGUCUGUUUGAAGUCGCCGCGCUGCCGCUGUGCGCCUUGCUGGAGCGGCAGCGCGCGGCUCUCGCGCGUAUGCAGCGAGCCGUCCUCGACCGGAGAGCCCGUCAGCGUGCGAAGCAGGCGGCUGCGGCGGGCGCUCGCGGACCGCUGCCUCUCGUCGCGCUGCGGCCUCGCCACGACGAAGAAGCCAGCCCUGGAGGAGACGACGUGGAGGCGCUCCACGGCGGUCUCAUGCGGCCGUCCGCCUCCGCCUGCCCGCGCGAGAGGGCAACCGCGGCGCUGAUGCCUGGGCGCAUCGUCGUGAGGGUUCUCGAGGCAUACGCCAUGUUUCGCUUCAAGCACGAGCGCCUUCUGAGAGCCUCAGUUGACACGCUGUCCUUCCUCUCCUUCUCAGACAGCGACAUCGAGUCCUUGCGACGCUCCAUGGCAGCCCUCGAGUUCGAGGCGCCUGACUUCGAGAGGCUCGCGGCGCUUCGCCUCGGCGCUGCCCGCCCAUGA